AUGGAAAGGACACUGGACGAGUUCUGCGCUGAGGAAAGUGGCCGAAACCCGUGCUUCAUGUGCAUGGGCACCUGUUUCCUGCUGACCGCCUUGUUGGUCGUGCUCGCUGGCGUCAUCGUGCACUUCGUCAGGCCCAAUCUGCGGAUCAAUGGCACGGCCGCUGACGCGCCCAUAUGCAAGGCGGCACUCGAACUGACAGCCUGCGACAAAGAGACGGAGCGGUACUUCUUCCACCACGACCCGGACAAACAUAUCUGCUUGGUGCGCUGGCAGCUCGAUCCCGGCUGCCUCGAGGGAAAGAACCGCUUCGCCAGCGCUACCGAGUGUCAGAAGCGCUGCGUCGCGGACCCAUCUGGGAAAUACGGACUGCCGGCAGAGUGCGUGGAGCCCGUCAAGGCCACGCCAUGCACAGAUGAGGAGAUGGAGCAGCGCGAACACCGUUAUUUCUUCGAGAAUGGCAACUGCAGCUUGCACACGGGCGCCAAAUGCUUGCACGGCCCCAACCGGUUCGUCUCCGCCGAUGAAUGUCGCGAGACCUGCCUCGAUACAGAGGAGCCUGUGUGUCGCAUACCCCGGUUCCAGGGCGCUUGCCGGCUGAGCGAGAAGCGCUUCCCCUACUACUACGAUCGCUCGGUGUCGGCUUGUGUGUCAUGGCGCACUGCCUGCCUUGGUGGACCCAACCGCCAUGAGUCGCUCACCGCUUGCGUCGAGACCUGCAAGCGCAACUUCUUCGAUAAGCUACUUUUGGGAUUAUGA